GAAAAACCUGAAUACGGAACUGAAGCAGCUGCCCAGAGUCUCUGGCACUGAACUGGCAGCAGCUAGAGAGGGCACCGGGCGUGGACGAGAGGAGCCUGGAGCUUAGAACAAGCGCCAGUGGAGAUGUGGAAGUCUGUAGUGGGUCAUGAUGUAUCUGUUUCCGUGGAGACCCAGAGUGAUGACUGGGACACAGACCCUGACUUUGUGAAUGACAUCUCUGAAAAGGAGCAGCGGUGGGGAGCCAAGACCGUCGCGGGCUCUGGGCGCACAGAGCACAUCAACAUCCACCAGCUGAGGAGCAAAGUGUCAGAGGAGCAUGACGUACUCAAGAAGAAGGAGUUGGAGUCGGGGCCUAAAGCGUCCCACGGCUACGGAGGGCGGUUUGGCGUAGAAAAAGACAGAAUGGACAAGAGUGCAGUGGGCCAUGAGUAUGUUGCAGAGGUGGGAAAGCAUUCCUCUCAAACUGACGCUGCCAAAGGCUUUGGGGGCAAAUAUGGGGUUGAGAAGGACAGGGCGGACAAGUCAGCGGUGGGCUUUGAUUACAAAGGAGAAGUGGAGAAGCACACGUCUCAAAAAGAUUAUUCUCACGGCUUCGGGGGCCGUUUCGGGGUGGAGAAGGACAGACGGGACAAGGCAGCCCUGGGAUAUGACUACAAGGGCGAGACGGAGAAGCACGAGUCUCAGAGAGAUUAUGCCAAGGGCUUUGGUGGCCAAUAUGGAAUCCAGAAGGACCGGGUGGAUAAGAGUGCCGUUGGCUUCAAUGACAUGGAGGCCCCGACCACAGCUUAUAAGAAGACAACACCUGUAGAAGCUGCUUCCAGUGGUGCCCGUGGGCUGAAAGCAAAAUUUGAGUCUAUGGCCGAGGAGAAGAGAAAGCAGGAGGAAGAGGAGAAAGCGCAGCAGACGGCCAGGCAGCAGCAGGAGCGGAAGGCUAUGGUGAUGAGCCACAAGGCUUGGCAGCCGUCGGGACCUGUGCAGGAACAGGCAUUGCCAGCCCCACUGCCCAAGAAAAUUUCUCCAGAGACCUGGCCUCCGGUGGACAGUCACCCACCACCAGAGCCUGAUCCUGCGAGAUCCAACAGGGAACACCCCGUUCCCGCCCUGACCAUAAGGCAGAACGUCCCAGAGGACGGCGAAGAGCCCCCAGCCCUGCCCCCUAGGACCCCAGAAGGCUUUCAGCUGGCAGAAGAGCCGGUGUACGAGGCAGAGCCUGAGCCGGAGAAUGACUACGAAGAUGUCGAGGAGCCAGCCUGGCGGGAGCAGGACGGUGAAGAGGAAGGAGGUGACUACGAGGAUGUGCUGGAGCCAGAGACCCCCUUGUCCUCCCAAACUGGGUCAUCAGGCAGCGUGCUGGGAGCUGGCAAGACCUCAGCCAUAGCCCUGUAUGACUACCAAGGAGAGGGAAGUGACGAGCUUUCCUUUGAUCCCGAUGACAUCAUCACUGACAUCGAGAUGGUGGACGCAGGCUGGUGGCAGGGCCAUUGCCAUGGCCGCUUCGGACUCUUCCCUGCAAAUUACGUCAAGCUCCUCUAGUGGCCAGCAGCCCCCCCCCAUCCUCCCCCCCUGAUUUUUCCUUUCUUUUUUUCUUUUUGCUACUGUGAUUUCCCAUGUCCAAAGUGGCUGUGCCUCUAUCUGCUACCCAUUCCUGCUACAAGCAUCCGAUAGGAUGUCACAGAGCGUGCCUGAAGUUCUAAAAGACUUCUCUCGGGCGCUGGAGAGAUGGCUUAGCGGUUAAGCGCUUGCCUGUGAAGCCUAAGGACCCCGGUUCGAGGCUCGGUUCCCCAGGUCCCACGUUAGCCAGAUGCACAAGGGGGCGCACGCGUCUGGAGUU